AUGCUCUACCUCGUCGCUGCGGUCCUCGUACCGUUGGCGCUCUACCUCUACCUCUACCCAUUGCGCGAGGCUCGCCUUCCCUACAAGAACCUCCCAGGCCCCAAACCCGUGUCUGGCUUCUUUGGAAGCUUGGGCGAGCUCACUGCCCGACCCCUCACCUCUCGCUACUCGCAGCUCAAGGACAACUAUGGCACGACCUCGCGCUUCCGUGCGCUCCUCGGCAAAUGGCGCAUCGUCUCGACCGAUCUGACGGCGAUCACCCAUGUCCUCAGGCACACAGGCACCUGGCACCGUCACGAAACCUUCAACGUCAUGAUUGACCGCAUCACCGGCCGCGGCGUGCUCUCCGUUGAGGACGAGGACCACCGCCGCCAGCGCCGAAUCCUCAACUCGGCGUUCAACGGGACGGCGGUGAACAACAUGGUGCCCAUGUUCUGGGAGGAGGGCCGCAUCCUUCGUGACCACAUCGACCAGCAGCUCGGCGGCGACGAGGCCAAGCCCCUCGACGUUCUCCAGAACUACACCGGCAUCGCGCUCAGCAUUAUUGGGCGUGCCGGGUUCAACUACGACUUCCAGUCGCACGAGCGUGACACAAACCCGCUCGCCGUCGCGUUCAACAACAUGAUCAACGCCUCGCUGGAAAACAAGAUGGCUGCGCUGCUGCAGAAUGUCUUUGCCCUCCCGUUCAACAUCAGCCCGACGUCUCAUUUCGCUCAGAAGAAGUCGCGCUCGAUCGUGGACAGUAUUGGCGCCCAGAUCGUCAGGAACCGCAAGGCCGAGAUUGAGCGCGACCACAUCUCGCUCGAGAAGGGAGACUACGAGGGCAAGGAUGUCAUCAGCCUGUGUCUGCGUGCCAACAUGCUCGCGGACCAACGCGACCGCCUCACGGACGCCGAGGUCAUGGGCCAGAUUGGCGCCCUCAUGCUCGCUGGCAACGAGACGAGUGCCAACGCCCUGUCGUGGGCGACGUAUCACCUGUGCCAGAACAAGGACAUCCAGAACCGUCUCCGCGAGGAGGUCAUGGCCGUGCCGGACGAGCCGUCGGGCGAGGAACUCGACGCGAUUCCCUACCUCGACCAAUUCGUAAAGGAGCUGCUGCGCUUCGAGCCGCCGCUGCCGCAGGUCGUCCGCCAGGCAUCCGAGGAUACGGUGAUCCCGCUCGGUCAGCCCGUGACUGGUCGCGACGGCAAGCUCAUGACCGAAGUGCACGUCAGCAAGGGCACCGACUUUGUUGUCCCCAUCAACCUCGUGAAUCGCCUGCCAGAAAUCUGGGGACCGGACGCCGAGACCUUCAACCCCGACCGCUGGGCGCAGAAGGGAUAUCCGAACACCUACAUCCCGGGUGUUUGGGGCAACCUCCUCUCGUUCAUUGGAGGGCCGCACCACUGUCUCGGAUUCCGGUUUGCGCUGCUCGAGAUCAAGGCCGUGCUCUUCGUCAUGGUGCGCAACUACGAGUUUGACUUCAUCCCGCAGGGUCCGCAGGUCAUGCGCAUUGCGCCUGGUAUUAUUCAGCGUCCCGUCGUCAUGGGCAACGAGAAGGCGGGCAUCCAGAUGCCGGUCAUGGUCAAGAAACUGUCGGCGGAGGUGCGCGAGCAGGCUGCGUAG